UUCGGCCGAACGUGAACUGCGAGCGAGCCAGGAGACAAAAGCAACAAAGUGAACCCCCCCCCCCCCUCCGGAUCAGUCAAAUGUGUCAUAUUUAACCGUUCGGGAGUCCGGAACCCGGUGAUCCCACCGCGCUACUUCACCGACGCGUGGGAGUACUUCAGUCAUAAAUGGAGAGGGACAAGCAAGCGCCCCACGUCCCGGAGCAGCACACACUAUUGACGACGCCUGCUUGAGAGCAGCAGUGCCGAUGACUACGCCUACAAAAAACUGAUCACACUCGACAACGCAGACCUGACUGUUCUUUGGAAACCCUUGGGCGGCUGCCAUGGAUGGGGAGGAAGAGGUGUGUCACAUGAGUGAGGAUGUAAUCAGCGAACCCAAUGGCUCCGUGGAAAGCAAAAAGAGGGAGGCCAAAGGCACGUGCCUGAAAAUCGAGGGCCAGGACGGCUACGUUUUCAAAUCCUACAGCAUCAAGCCGCACGAGGCCACGGAGGCAAAGUCACCUGCUUGCUCCUCUGUAACGCUGGAUAAAGACUCUCCUCCUUCAUCUCCCCCGGAUGACAAGGAGCUGGAGUCCGACAAAGCGAGUGAGGCGGAUCCAACUUCUCCCGCUCUUUCAAAUGGAUGCCUAAACAAUGAUGCUGAGGGAAAUGAGAGCUAUGAAAAUGGGAAAGAAGAAGCUCUGCAUAUCAAAGAGGAGAAUGAGGACACCAACGGGAUGGAGGAGGAGGAAGCCCCGGAGGACGAAGGGCUCGGGUUUGGCAGCUCUGUUGGCCCUUUUGUAACUAGAGACGGCGACGAGUACAGCAAUUUAUUUAGCGGAUACACAAGCACCCUUUAUGACGUCGCCAUGGACGCUGUCACGCAGAGCCUCCUGUCGUCUAUGAGGAGCAACGCCAACCCGAGGAAGAAGUCUCCCGCCUGGAAUCAUUUCUGCAUAUCGCCACGAGACGGAACCAAAGCAAUCUGUUUAUACUGCAUGAAAGAGUUCAGCCGGGGCAAGAACGAGAAAGACCUCAGCACAAGUUGCUUGAUGAGGCACGUGCGCAGGGCUCACCCCACCGUGCUCAUGGCGGACGGCGCCGACGUGUCCUCAAACCAUCUGGCUGGCUCCUUGGCCUCCUCUUUGAUACCUCCAUCCCCGAACUCACCAAAAAACGGAGACUUGAUGAACAGCGUCAUUUCUUCUGCCUCAAAGAACACUUCGCCGUCCACCUCCUCGGCCGAAAACUCCGACCCGUCAUCCAAAGAAGUGUUUCCCGUCGUGGAACCAAAACUGGAACCCAAUGCAAACGGCGAGGCCGGCGUCGGGCUCUCGUCCUCACAUUCCAACGACAACAACCUCGAAGACGCGUGCGACGGCGGGCCCGAGCGCGCCCCCGGCACCCCGAAAGGCUCCAGCUCCAGCUCUCGCCGGAGGUCGGCCGUGUGGAAGCACUUCUACCUGUCGCCCGCCGACAAUUCCAAAGCCGUGUGCAUCCACUGCAUGAACGAGUUCAGUCGGGGGAAAAACGGGAAAGACCUCGGGACGAGCUGUCUCAUUCGCCACAUGUGGAGGGCCCACAAAGAAGUCGUCAUCGAGGAAAACGGAUUGGGCAACCACAUUCCGCCGCCCUACACGAACCCGCCGUCACUGCUGUCCCGCGCACAACUGCAGGAUCCCCUGGAAGUGAAAAAGGAAUCGCCCCUUCUUCCCUCCUCCCCCGAAACCGCACCCGAUGAAUUAGCCCAAAGCACGGAGGAGAGCAUGGAUAUAAAACAGGAGUGCGAGGAGGUGUUGAAUCUGUCGGGCCAGGAGCCCUCCCUCGAUAUCUCCUUUAAAGCCCAGGGGGAGGACGCGUCCCUGAGCGUCUCCCCGUGCGGCCUCUCCGAGGGCCCGAGCCUCGAUCCGGAUCAUUCGGUUUUCCAGCAAAACAAGAUGCUCAUGAAACGGGUCAAGUCCGAAGUGUGGCACCAUUUCAUCGUGUCGCCAGUGGACCAGCUAAAAGCACUGUGCCGUUACUGUCCAUGCGUCAUCAGCCGGGGGAAACGGGGCGACUUCGGUACGAGCUGCCUGAUGAGGCACCUGAUGAGGCGCCACCCAGACGUGCUCAAAAACCAAAAAGGCGCGGACGAGAAGGACUCCUCCCCUCAUCCCUACACAACUCCCCCCGCCGCCGACGCAGUUUCAACCAAAGAAACUGAAAGCCCCACCAGUAAGAAAAAGCCCCAAACACUGCCCGUUUUCAGUAAAAAGACAUCAAAACUGUGGAACCAUUUCUCCAUUUCGCCCACCGACCCCACUAAGGUGGUUUGUUUGCACUGUGGCCGCACAAUUAGCAGAGGCAAAAAGACUACGAACCUCGGCACCAGCUGCCUCUUCAGGCACAUGCAGAGGUUUCACGGACAUUUUCUUGAAAGUAACAAUGCUAUCUCAGGUGACGUGCCGUCUGCUGAAAUUCACAUCAAGCAAGAGCUCAUGGACACUUCUGCUUACGGAGCGGAGCAGAACCCCGAGCGCUUCGACGAACACCACCCGGUUGCCAAAAAAAUCACCAAACUUCUCGCAGAAAUGCUCGCACUGGAUCUUCAGCCAUCGGCCAUGGUAGAGAACGCUGGACUGAGCCGACUGCUUGAGUACCUCCAGCCGCAGUAUUCUCUGCCCCUUUCCUCGUACUUCACCAGCACCGCCAUACCCGACAUGUACGAACGGGUGAAGGACGUGGUGCUGACCCACCUGAAGGAGGCGGAGAGCGGCGUCGUCCACUUCACGACGAGCAUUUGGGUCGGCAGCCAGACGAGGGAAUACCUGACCCUCACUGCACACUGGGCGACGUACGAGUCCAGCGUCAGGCCCCCGGGUCAGGACUUCCACUGCUCGGCUCUCCUGAGCGUCUCGCAGAUCGACUGCGAUCACGAUACGCACGACAUCCCAAAGCAGCUGGAGUAUCUGUGGGAAUCCUGGAUCGCCUCGUCGGGGCUGAAACGGGGGUUCACGGUCACCGACAACACCACCGUCCGCAACACCUUGGAGGACUACGGCCACGCCACCCUGCAGUGUUUCGGACACACUAUCGACCUCAUUGUUAGCGAAGCCAUAAAGAGCCAGCGGAUGGUUCAGAACCUUCUGAGUAUCGCGCGGAAGAUCUGCGAGCGCGUGCACCGCUCGGCAAAGGCCAAGGAGAAGCUGGCGGAGCUCCAGAGGCUCCACCAGCUGCCGGAAAACCAGCUGAUCCAGGACGUGCCGUCCAAGUGGAGGACGUCCUUCUUCAUGCUGGAGCGGCUGGUGGAGCAGAAGAAAGCCAUCGACGAGAUGUCGAUCGAGUGCAAUUUCAGGGAAAUAAUCAGCGGCGACCAGUGGGAGGUGAUGCUGUCGAUCUGCAACGCGCUGAAGCCUUUCGAGGUGGCCUGCGGCGAGAUGAGCAACCGCACCGCCACCCUGGGGCAGGUGAUCCCGCUCGUCCACAUCCUCAACCGGAAGAUCGACCUGCUGUUCGACGAGACCGUGGGCAUCGACAACAUGCUCGUGUCCCUGAAGGACGCCAUGGUGGGCCAAAUGUCGGCGACCCUGCACGACCCGCGGUACACCUGGGCGACCAUGCUGGACCCGCGGUACAAGACGUCGCUGUUCACCGAGGAGGAGGCGGAGCGUUGCAAGCAAGACCUGAUCGGGGAGCUGGAGUCGUCCUCGUCUACCUCACUCGCGGAAGCGAAGCCCCCGCUGCCCAACGGCUGCGGCGAGGCGCCCGUGGCCUCCCCCGCCUCCCCCCAGGCGGGCAAGGACAGCCUGUGGUCCCUGAUGGCCGACAUCCGGCAGAAGAUAAAGCACGAGGAGAAGCCAAAGUCCUCGGAGCUGGCGGUGCUGGAGUACCUCGAGGAAGACAUACUCGAUCAAAGCUGUGACCCCCUCGACUACUGGAACCUGAAAAAGUUCCUGUGGCCCGACCUCGCCAAAGUAGCCGCCCGUUACGUGGGCUGCCCCCCCAGCAUUGUCCCGGCGGAGACGCUUUUCAGCACAGCCAGUGUCAACUGUGCCCUAAAUCAACACAGGCCCUUACUGGAAAACCUGGAGGGUCUGCUGUUCCUCAAAGUCAACCUGCCGUUGAUUUAUUUUCAGUACUGAUCACUGUGGAGCAUUAACUCCUUUUAUCGAAGGACCAAGUUGCAGAGCUGUGAAACGGGGCUUAGUUGUCGGGCAAAAAUAUGUAAAAAAAAAAGAAAAAAAAAGAAAAAGAAAUGAAUCUACUAAUUCUCACUGCAAAGGCCAGAUUUGGAGGAUUUAUUUUAUUCCGUGUACUACUGUUAAAACACUUUGGAGCUGUUGUGAUGAAAAAGUCUCAAGUGUAUCAGGGAGGGAGGGUUUUUCUAGCUGUAGGGGUUGGUGAUCAUGUGCUUGCUUGUUAAUCAAUGUGUUUUUUUGUUUUUUUUCUUCUUCCUGUGUCGACUCUCUCCUUGUGCCUUAUCCAAAACUACUUCAGGUCAAAAUGCUGUACAUAUUUUUGUUAAAAUGACACAGAUCACGUCAGGAUGCUUUUUGAUUGUGUAUUAAAGAUGGAUGCAGAGUUUUCUUAAUGAAAACAUGGCCCAAAAAUAAAUGCUGUGACUGAAAGAUGUUUUAAGUUAAUGUUAUUUAAUUUUCAUUGUGAAAUUGUAGCUCAUGGUACUGUCAUUUAGAAAUAGAUGUUUUUCUACUUGUUGAGAUGUUUUAAAUAAAAUUGUGUAAAAUAUUGCUGCAUUUUCAGAAUAAGCAGUUGGUUUGGAAUAUACAAUUUGUCUCUUAAGCACAAUUUAAGUUUAUGUCCAGGGGAUUAAAUUAUGGGUUUAUAGAGUAAAAAUGUACUGUACCUUUUUAUAUCAAAUUGCUUCUGAACCUAAUUUGAUGUUUUAGAGUUGAGACUGGAACCAUGCAAAUUUUGUGGUCAUUUUUAAAUAAAGGUUUUCCUUAUGCAA